CGUAUUAGCUCAGAAAUGAAGGCAUUUACUUUACUAUUGGUGAUAGUUUCCAUAAUUGGAUUGGCCCACUCUUGGGAAUGGCCAUGGUCGCCAGACAAAAAACCUUAUGAGCCUCCAAAGUUCCCAAUUCCAAGUCCAAAUCCUCGCGAUAAAUGGUGCAAACUUAAUCUGGGUCCUGCUUGGGGCGGAAGGUGCUAAAAUAAAUGGUUUGAUUUUUUAAAACAAGUUGAAUUUCUUUGUCAAAUCGGAGUUAAUAAAAGUCAAAAGUUAAUAAUAAAUAGAAAAAGUAUCAGCUAAA